GUUUCAGUAAAGUGAUUGGUUAUGCAGCAUUUGAAAAGAUCCAAUCCCGGAAUGAUGAUCCGCGACUAUCUGAUGAUACUCUCGUGGCUGUGCGCGGUGCAAGGGAAAAUAGGGUAUUUCUGGCACAUCACCGACAUCCACUAUGAUCCGAAGUAUUCCACCCAGGGAAACGCAGCUAGCAUGUGCUGGGACAAGAGGAACAGCGGGGACAGCGGUCGGAUACGGCUCGACAGGAGGCUGGCCGGGGAGUUCGGCGACUAUAGCUGCGACUCGCCGUGGGCCUUGAUCGAAUCAGCGGCGAGGGCAAUGAGAUCGCAGCGCGGCGAAGGAAUCGAAUUUGUCCUCUGGACGGGUGACGCGCUGACGCGUACCGCUAGCAUGAGCGCCGAGCUGCGUCUGCAGUGUUUGCGGAAUUUGACCGAUCUGUUGUCCCGCACGUUUAAGGAACAAUUUGUGUUCCCGGCGCUCGGACACGAGGACCUGGGAGUGAGCUUCUCGCAACUCGCCGCGCUCUGGCAGCAAUGGCUGCCGCAGGAAGCUCUGGACACGUUUCAAACCGCGGGAUAUUACACGAUAGAGCAGCGCUCGGAAAAGUAUCGAAUCAUCUUUCUCAACACAAAUUUGUGGCUGCACAUAGCCGACAACCAUCGCACGGCAGCCAGCACGAUCGAUAACACGGAAGAUCCUUUCGGUCAAUGGUCCUGGUUUCAGUCGACUCUCGACACUGCGCGGAGGAAGAAGGAAACGGUGUACAUCGUAGGCCACACGCCGCCGGGAAUGGACGAACGCGAGAGCGGCGCGGCAGCCUACAGCGAGCAGCACAACAAUAAAUACCAGCAAACGGUCCGCCUCUACUCGGACAUCAUUCGCGGCCAGUUCUUCGGUCACUGGCAUUCCGAUACCUUCCGCGUGGUUUACAGCGACACGGGUCCGCCGGUAUCUUGGAUAAUGAUGGCGCCCAGUAUAUCGCCUAACACGCCCGGAGGGCCCAACAAUCCAGGUUUGAGACUGUACAAGUUCGAAACCAAUACUGGCCAGGUCCUGGAUUAUACGCAGUACUAUCUUGAUCUGCCGGAAGCGAAUUCAAUCGGGAAGGCAAACUGGCUGGUCGGGUACUCCCUCCUCGAACACUACGGUCUUCAGGAAAUAACACCGAUCAGUCUUCACGACUUGGCCGACCGACUCACGCAAGCCAAUGAUAACGCUUUCGUCAGAUAUUACGCGGCGAACACGGUCUUCCUGCCGCGCGAGGUCGAGCAGGUUUGGGGCUGCGGGGGUCCAUUGAACGGAUUCUGCGCCCUCCAUCACUACUGCACCGUCACACGGAUGAACCCGGAGUCCUACAAAGAGUGCUACACGUUGAACGCCUUCGCAUUAGCAUCCAGAGGACCCCCAACAGCGACGCUCCACGUAACCCUGCACCUGCUCGUCCUGCUGAUCUGCUGCGCGUGGCUGUCCCGGUACCGGUAGGCUACCCCAAACACGCCAGAGCUGCGAACCACGAGUGGCUAGAGCACAACGCGCGGCGCCUCCGACUCUCUACUAGCACUCGAUCCUCGGACGAUCGUGUGGCCAACAAUGAAUUCAAUUGUUCACGAAUUCACCGUAACUGACCUACGGUGGACACCCGGGCUUGUCUUGGACGUUCUUUGCCAUAAACGUUUAGCAUCAGCGGAGGGUUGCGUCGCUAGCAGUCGCGACGAAACCGGUCUAUUUCGUCUGUCUCUGUGUCUGUCUCUUUUGUCUACGUCUUCUAUCCGCGCGGAGAGGAAACAGUUCGGUUGCGGGACGAAGGAAAGAGUUUCUGAUCUCGUAUUCGUCGCGUGCGUGACCCUACGAGUUGGAAUUGACCGUUUACCCCCCGGAACGUUGGCCGCUCGGCGCGAUGCUCGCUUUCAGCGACGGCCGACCGAUCGAACGAUCGUUUAAUUACUUGCUCCGGCAAAUUUCACGGUCUCUAGCGCAAUUGGCAUCCGGUCGGUGGCGAGUGGUUUGAUGGGAGCGGGAAGGGGGCAGUUUCGGGGUUCCGCCUGCGAAAGCCGGUGCGAUGACCCGACGUGACCGCGAAACCGGGAUGAAAAGGGGCGGGGUGGCAGCGGCUGGGGGUUCUCCGACGCGAAUUCAACGGGAAAAAUAAAGUCAGUCAUUGAUGUUAUACUUACUUCUCUUAAACGUUCGGUGUACGUUGUUUUAAGGUGGCGAGGAUGUUAGAGUGUCGAGGUCGAUCGGUCGCGGAUCACGGGCGACCUGGUGGACAAAUGUGGCAAGUUGCGAUGUUCGAUGAACGCGGGCAUCGGUUACAUGAAAUCGGUAAUCAGUUCGCUCGGUACAUAACUCUUCCGCGUGAGUUCUUCGGUAUCCGCAUCGUUGAUACCGAUACGACUGCGCCGGAAACGUAAUAGCUUCGAGAGUCAUGAUAUUCGUACCAACAUUUUGGGAUUGUCGGAACAAUACAGUAUUUCUUAAUAAAGGA